UUCGACGAGGGACGGAUGGAAUUCCCUGUGGACCCAGCACGGGGACUAGAUGCGGCCGAGCUCACCCAGCUGCUCCGCAUCCACAGCCUGGAGCUGGUGAUGGAGUUCACCAACGAGACCUCUGACCAGAUCUUUGGUGCCAAGAUCCCCCACCACAUGCUGCUCUUCCUCAACCAGUCGUCGUCCUCACAGCUGGCACUGUGGGAUGGCUUCCGGGUGGCCGCCAGUGCCUUCCGGGGCGAGGUGCUCUUCGUGGUGGUGGAUGUGACUGGGUAUGGUGCCGAUGUCCUGCCCUUCUUCGGCCUGACGGCCGCUGAUGCCCCCACCCUGCGCCUAGUUAAGAUGGAGAACAACCGCAAGUACCGGAUGGACCAAGAUUCCUUCUCCGACACGGCCAUACGCACCUUUGUCCAGGCGGUGCUGGACGGCAAGGUGAAGCCCCACCUGAUGAGCGCGGAGCCCCCCGAGGACUGGGACACACGUCCCGUUAAAGUCCUGGUGGGGAAGACCUUUGAGCAGGUGGCGUUUGAUGAGACCAAGAACGUCUUCGUCAAGUUCUACGCGCCGUGGUGCACCCACUGCCAGGAGAUGGCGGCCGCCUGGGAGGAGCUGGGUGAGCGCUACAAGGACCACGAGGACAUCGUCAUCGCUGAGCUGGACUCCACAGCCAACGAGCUGGAGAACAUCACCAUCUACGGCUUCCCCACCCUGCACUACUUCCCUGCAGGGCCGGGCAGGAAGAUGGUUGAGUACAAGAGUGCCCGAGAUGUGGAGACCUUCUCCAAGUUCCUAGAAAACGGGGGGACGCUACCUGAAGAGCCACCUGCAGUGCCCAAGACCCCCGAGAACAGCACGGACAGGGAAGAGCCGGGUCCGCUGGGGACGGAUGAACCCCGGGAUGAGCUGUGA